UAAAUAAUAAAAACAACCGAGUCUGGAGGCAUGUGGACACGUAGUCGUUAGGGAACUAUUUCAUAUUUCGCCGUGACACAUUGAAAUCAGUCCAGGCGUUGGAUACCUCCCGGUGCCCUAAAACUGAAACAGAAACCACAGCAUGUCGGUCGACAGUGUUUUUAGGACUCGCUCUCUCGGCGUGGCUGCCGUGGGUCUUCCUGACCAGUAUGCCGACGGCAAAGCAGCGAAAGUGUGGCAGCUGUACAUCGGAGACACGCAGAGUAGGACACAGGAGUACAAAAGCUGGGUGGUGUCUUUGCUGAAACAGCAUGGAGUGCAGAAAGUACUGGAUGUAGCCUGCGGAACGGGGGUUGACUCAAUCAUGUUGGUUGAAGAAGGAUACAGUAUGGUGAGCGUGGAUGCCAGUGACAAAAUGCUGAAGUAUGCACUGAAGGCAAGGUGGGAGAGGAGAAAAGAACCAGCCUUUGACCAGUGGGUGAUCGAAGAGGCCAACUGGCUGACGCUAUCAGAAGAUGUUCAGAAACCAGGAGCCGGCUUCGAUGCUGUCAUCUGCCUUGGCAACUCAUUUGCCCACUUACCAGACUUCAAAGGGGACCAGAGUGAUCAGAAGUUGGCCCUUCAGAACAUUGCUAGUAUGGUCAGACCAGGGGGGAUCCUCAUCAUCGACCAUCGUAACUACGAUUAUAUCCUGGAAACUGGACGGGCACCACAAGGCAAGAACAUCUACUACAAGAGUGAUCUAACUCAGGACAUCUCCACCUCAGUGCUGUGGGUCAACAACAAGCCUCAUAUGAUCACACUGGACUACACCAUCCAGCUGCCUCAGGCCAACGUCCAGAGCCCUCCUGACGUCAGUAAAUUCCGUCUGUCCUACUACCCUCACCGCCUGGACAGCUUCAAAGCUCUGCUGAGCGAGGCCUUCAAUGGCAAAAUGGAGCACAGCGUCUACGGAGAUUUCCAGGCGUACACACCCGGCCAGGCCCAAGCCCCAUGCUACUUCAUCCACGUCUGCAAGAAGAAGGCCUAAGAACCCCCUCUGUCUCUCACACACACACACACACACACACACACACACAUACAAACCCACACACACACACCGCUUGGUAGAGGUUAACUCCCGGCAUUGUCCUGUAAUCGUGCGGUCUUAGGCAAACUGUAUUUGAAUACGUUUUCAGAAUAUUGGAGACAAGUUAGAGGCAUUGCGUUAAGGAUCGCAUCAUCUUCAAUUCAAUCAUUUCAAAAGAUAAACUGAAACAGCUGUUCACUGAUCACUAAUAGAGCCUUAAACAAUACACAACUAAAUUUUUUUUUUUGGUAAAUUGUCCUGAUGUUCAAGUUCCACAUUAAGUGAUAAGAACAUAGAUACCAAAAUCAUCCAUGUGCUGCCAGUGGAUCACUGGGUUUGGCACUCCAAGCUAACACUUCAACAUACAUGUAAGUAGCAUUGUCCCAAAUAUGAAAAAAACUUUGUGAUUUUCUGUUAUAUAGCUGAUAAUUCAGAAAUGUUACAAAUGAUGUAUCACUGACUCAUUAUAGCUGAUGUAGCUAUGUAAUUUUGUAACUCUUUUCAGUUAAGCGAUUGAAACAGGAGAGGUAGUCCCUGCUUUCUUUAAUGGAAAUAUUUGUAUUUUAUAUUUUUUUGAUUUUACCAGGCUCCUGUUGUCAAUCAGCUGUUAAACUUACUCUUAUAAGUCUACAUAAUUUAGCUUUAGGGAUGUAGAGCUACUACAAGUUGUUAUUUUCUCACUUACAAGAUAAUGCUAGUGUGUAGUGGAACACCAGUCAAUGGACACAUGGAUGAUUAUGAUGUCCAGCUAUGAUGUCUAAAUUUGAUAUUUUCCCAUCACUUUUAAAAAAACUGUUCAUUUGGUUCAAUUGAAAGUAAUUUUUCCCAAAACCUGUCUGGCAAAAUACAGUAUCGUAGUUGCUCUUCUUUUCUUUUUUUUUUUCUUUUACUAUAUUCAAAAUGUGUUGGACCACUGUUUUACCCAUGACCGGUAUCGUCUCUGUCCUUACUUUUCCUUUGUGUUCUGUGCUUCUCUUGCAUUGACAUUAUUGUUUCUGUCCCUGUCUGCUUCUGGCUUCCCUGAAGCUUGAUAUCAAUGUUUGAAAAAGGUGCUGCACUUCGGUACGACUCGUCAUGACGGAAUACGUGGUAUCCGUCGCCAUUAAUGUAGAAAGAUCCGUCUAAUCUAUGACACAUCGUCAGACAAAUCAGUUUUGUAUGACCACUUAAGAAAGGGAUUUUAAAAAAAUGUGGAGAAAAUGCCCCACUUUUGAAGUUGCACUCAGAUGGGAUCAUGCAAAUAGCCUUUAGAAAACCACAGGCAUGGCAUCGGUCUGACGUGACGUUCUUCUGAUUAGGAUGCCGUUUUAGCUUAUUGUCGGGCAAAAACACAGAUCAGAGAUAGCAUUCUGUCUCCACUGCCCCUCUUUAAGGUCAGGCAUCAACCUCAAGUUCAUGCUGGCAAGUAUUUCACCACACUCUCCUUUCUUUUGUCAGAGUCCCUCCCCCGUCUACAUGUUCUUGUACAACUGUGCCUUGUACAGCUUGCUUUACUGAUUGACUUCAUUUCGUUUAGGCCAGUGAGCCUUGUGAAACAGCCUUCGCAGACCUGGGACAGUUCAUAUUAGCAAAUUGUUCUUGUCAAUCAGUGUUUGGUUAGCACAUCAGUGUUUGUUUAACCUGCCGGGGCAUCAGAUGGUGUUGUCACCAUGUGAAGGAUGGCCCAGACAGGCCAGGUUCAGGCCCUGCGGCGGCCCCUGUCAUUGAGCAAGUCUGUGAAUCCCAGUGGGGAUCAGCAACACGUUUAUUGACCCAGGUCUGCCCUUCACACAGCAGGUUAAAGCUUUUCCUUUUAGAGUGGCAGUUUUUGUAGAUUAAAGCCGUUUUAGCCUUAGCUCUUCGCCGUGUUUGUCUUUUUAUGUGGCAUAAUAAAGUUGACUUGAUUUGAGCCAAAAACAGCCGGUACAUUCUUCUGGUCAUUUUCCCCUUCCACUCGAGGGUAAGCACUUUGUCCCGCCAGCUUUUGAACCCAUUGUACAGCCAGAUUUGUAGUGGCAGUAAAGAUAAAAGCCCUCUUAAGGUUUUAUCCGGAAUUUGCAACAGAAUCUUUUGAGAAAACGCAAAUUGGUCUCCACUGCCUCGGUUUUCCGCUGGGUUCACACAGUUUGUUGAAAACGCAAAUGGUUGUGUCACAGGGAUAACCUUAAUUUCAUAAUGUCUACUUGAAGCAUUUACCAAAUAAUUGUGGUCGUGUUUCAUCAUCCACAGAUGUUUGAGAGUGUGAUUGUCUGUAAUUUUACUCAGAAGCAGGCAAAACCUAAAUUCCAUCGCGCAGUGCCAAGUGAAUGGCCUCAAAUAAUUGAGUUUAUCCAAAUAAUGAGUGGAAUAUGAGUGAAGAAGCUGGAUUAUUUAUUUUGCAAUUUUACCCAGGUCCAAUUACACUAUGCUUUGAUACCAAAUUAAAAAUGUGUUUGACGUCCAAAUGUGAAAGGAAUUUCAUCAAUGAGAAAUGAAAGGUUGCCACUGUUUGUUUGACUAUACAAGACCAGGCAGUGCACUUAAAUCAUGUUGUGCCACUUUAUCUUGCAAGACAAAUUAUCGGGUGCCUGGUACGUUUUGCACAUGGACGCACUGGGGUUAAUUGUGGCUAAGACUUGUGAUGGUGGUUGUAUGUUUAAGUGGGUUUAGAAGAAUUACGUUUACAUUGAGAUCGAACAACUUAGUUAUUUUGGAACAGUCUUAAUUACAAAAGGUGUAAAAAAUUUUAUAAUGUCUAUUCCUUGUGUGAUUAUUGGAAUUCUUUUGCCUGAAAUACAAAAGAU